CGCGCGCCCGAGAGCGGAAGCGGCGGCGCAGGCUCGGGCGGGUCCCCGGUGCGCGCAGCGGGCUCGGCUCCCUCCGGCCUCGGCGCCCUGAGAGGCCGCUCCCCUCCCCCCGGCACCGACAUGAUCCUGCUCGAGGUCAACAACCGCAUCAUCGAGGAGACCCUCACGCUCAAGUUCGAGGGCGCCGCCGCCGGAAAUAAACCAGAGGCAGUAGAAGUAACAUUUGCAGACUUCGAUGGAGUCCUUUAUCAUAUUUCAAACCCCAAUGGAGAUAAGACAAAAGUGAUGGUCAGUAUUUCUCUGAAGUUCUACAAAGAGCUCCAGGAACAUGGUGCUGAUGAGGUAUUGAAGAAAGUCUAUGGAAACUACUUGGUAAAUCCUGAAUCAGGUUACAAUGUCUCUUUGCUCUACGACCUGGAAAACCUUCCUGCAGACAAGGAUGCUAUUGUGCACCAAGCCGGCAUGUUGAAGCGCAAUUGCUUUGCUUCGGUUUUUGAGAAGUACUUCAAAUUUCAAGAAGAGGGCAAAGAAGGAGAGAAAAGAGCUGUCAUCCACUACAGGGACGAUGAGACGAUGUAUGUUGAGGCAAAAAAGGACCGUGUCACAGUUGUGUUCAGCACAGUAUUUAAGGAUGAUGAUGACGUCGUGAUUGGAAAGGUGUUUAUGCAGGAGUUCAAGGAGGGUCGCCGGGCCAGUCACACAGCCCCACAGGUGCUCUUCAGCCACAGGGAGCCACCUUUGGAGCUGAAAGACACAGACGCAGCUGUCGGCGACAAUAUUGGUUACAUCACCUUUGGGGGAAGACGUUCACAACUCGUUAACGUUGGGGUCACUGAGGCUGCCGUGGAGGAUGAAGGUUGGGGCACUUGCUACCUGAUAAUCGUAGCUUUUAAUGUUGCACCUCUGUGGGCUCAUAAGGAAUUCAAGCAAUCGGGGUCUGUUUGUACGACAGUUUGGGGAGUAAUCUGCAGAAACGAGCUGUGCUUGCGAGGACUUGAUCGUUCCAAGAAACAAAACCUUAAUCCCAGUUUGAUUGACUUAAUUUCUUUUCUUUUUUUAAUUUUUUUUUCCUUUUCAAGCUGUUUCGCUUUGCAAUAUGUUACCGGAAAUCAGUUGCAGUAUUUCUUAUGAAAAUAAUGCAAUAUUAACUUGUUUUCUUCUGAAUAUUUGAGUUCAAAACUCCUGUAUCUGAAGAAAUACUGUUGGGGGUUCAUUAAUAAAGGAGAUCUUUCUAUCUUAA